AUGGCGAAGAAGAGAAAAUCCAUAACCACAAGCAUGGACGAGGUGGACAGAACCAUGUACGCUUCAUUUUCAAAUGCUGCCAAUUCUCUUUCACAACUCUACGCUCUCUCCAUGAACCGCCACAAACUCUCCUUCCAAGCCGGUGAACGCCACUCCCUUGAAAAACUUUAUCAGUGGAUCCGGAGGCAACAAGAGGGUGGGUCAAGAAUUGCAAUUGUUGAUAUACUCGGCUACAUUCAGAAUGAGCUGGAUUACUGUGGAGAGGAGCUAUGUAUGUCACCUAGAGCUCCACUGCAACACCAACAAUCACAACCACUAGUGCAUGCCACUGUCACUGGUUCAGGCUUUCCCGUAACUACAGGAUUCCCUGACCAAACAAUUAUGGGGCAGGGACUCAGGACUGAGCAGUGUGAUAGUCAAUCAAAGAAUUCUGUGUUUUCAAAUCCUGUUCGUCAAAUUGGUGAGGUAGAGGUAGGGAACUACUCAAGUGGUUUCUCCAUGGGGAAUGGAAGCCAGAACACUGAAGACAACUUUCUUCAUCAGCAAAGCAGGGACUCUGCUGCAUUCAGUUUCAAUGAUGCGGCCAUGGACAUGCAUGCAGACUAG